AUGCCUGGCUCUCACUUCUCUGACCUGGCCGACCAGGACACCAACGGUCUUUAUGUUGUCCCAGAUCCUAAUAUGGGUUUUAUUGACGAUGGCUCUGCCGUAAAAUCUAACCCCUCCUCGGCCUCCCUGCCCAACGAUUCUUCCCGUCCCCAGACCCAGCAGCAAUACUACGACGCUGGAUGGCAGUUCACCGGCACACCCCCUUACGACUCGUACGACCCUUCCAGUAGUGCUCCUCCCGCUCCAGCCAACUACCCGGCCACUGCUUGGUUCGACCUUGGUCAGGAUCAGCGGAAUCCUCAACAACUGCCCGUCUCUACAGGAAUCGACGGCCUUCCGGCAACCACCUUCAGCCCCGAAUCCCUCUACGCCGCUUCUGGACCAUCCCUAGCACAAGGCAACUUCGCAGACAAUCUCGCUCUCCAGCAGCCGCCAAUUAUUAGCAAUCUUACUCCUGCGCUGCAGGAGAAGCUACGCAACAUCGCCAUGCCACCUCAUCUCCAAUAUCAAUCUCCAAAGAGCGCUUCCAGCCCUGACUCAGCAAACGGCGAGCUUAUUAGAAGAGGUCUCCUCUCGUCGCCGGACCCUGCCGAUGGAUCUUCGAAAGCGUCCCGAAAGCGCAAGUCUUCCGCCGACCCCGAGGAUGACGAUGAUGAAGAUGAUGGCGACCAACCAGUGAAGAAGACCGCUCACAAUAUGAUUGAGAAGCGAUACCGAACCAACCUAAACGACAAGAUUGCCGCCUUGAGAGACAGUGUUCCCAGUCUUCGUAUUAUGACCAAGAGCGCGCGCGGCGAAGAUACUACCGAGGAUCGCGAGGAGCUUCACGGGUUGACUCCAGCCCAUAAGCUGAACAAGGCUACCGUUUUGAGUAAAGCAACUGAGUACAUUCGACAUCUCGAGAAGCGAAACAAUCGACUACUUGACGAAAAUGGCGCCAUGCAAGCCCGGAUUGCUGCCUUUGAGAAGUUGUUUAUGGCUGGUGCUAUGAACGGCGCCAUCAGCCCCCUCCAGCAACCGCCCACGCCUAUUCAGUAUGCCCAAGACGCUCAGCAAUUCGGAAACUCGCCCAUGGGGUCGUCACAAGACGGUAACGCGCAGCCCGGUGGUAUGAUCCAAGUUCCCGACGACAUGAAGAGAAUCAUUUCAGCACAGAUGGCCGCCGGUCAACCAUAUCCCGUUCCUCAACAACAAUACAGAGGUGGCAACCCGGCUCUCAUCAGACAGCAACAGAUUCAACAGCAGCAACAAAUGCAGCAAAACAGGUGGAACAAUGCCGGUCCUUACAUUGGUAAACUGAUGGUCGGAUCAUUGGCUGGUCUCAUGAUCCUUGAGGCAGUCCGUGAAGAUGAGAUCACCAAUGAGAAGCCCGAAGGCCGUGGUCUGUACGCUGUGCCUCUGCAACUUCUCAAGGCUGCAUCGUCUAGUCUUGACUUGAGUGUUGGAGGUUAUCAUAUUCACACAUCUCUCCGAGUUAUUCUUUUGCUUGGAACAUUGCUCUGGGUGUUUGUUCCGUCUCUCUUCUCACAAACACAGCAAAAGCACAACAAGCCGCAAGCCGGUGUUCUCCAGGCGGCACCAUCACUCGCGUCACCGAUCCAUGUUCGUCGACAGGCCUGGCUUACUGCUAUCCAAACGGUCUGGGUUCCUCGCCACAACUUCUUCCUCGAGGCCGCAGCUCUUGUCCUGAAGACUUUCAAACUCAGCCUUCGCAACGCCAUUGGAAUCCAAGGUUAUCAAGCCCUUACCGGGUUAACACUAGAGCAGGAGACUGCCCGAGUCCAGGCCUGGAGUAUUGCUAUUGAUUCGCAGUUGGCUGGUGGCGAUGUCGAGAUCAACAAGAGCCGCCUUGUUCUUACUUUCCUUGCUUCUGGUACCCUCCCCGACACACCCGCUAGACUCAUGCUCAAGGCACUUCACAUCCGCGUUCUUCUCUGGGGUCUCAGCCAAAACCGACUUCACCUUGGAGCAAGCAACAUCAUCGCUUCAAAGAUUGCCCGAGCGAGGUGGAAUGAGGCUCGUCAACUGAACCGUCUUCUUACUCAACUCCACCGCGAAUCCGCCGAGCAGCACGACGACGACCUUCCCGAGCAUCUUGCGUUGCUGGUUGAGCAAGACUGCGACGAAGUGCUCAACGACGAUGUUAUCCAGCGUGCGCACAACCUUGCCUUUAAUGCCGAAACCGAUUACAACGUUACAGCCCCUAUGGAUGGUAUGGAUGCAGUCGUUGAUGAUACCGCUAUUGGGUCCCCUCUCGAUGCUGUCGCGGCUUGGUGGUCAACUCAAAUGCUGCAUCGAACCUUGAUCGCCACGAUGGAAAAGGAUGAAGAGACUCUCAGCACCAAGGUCGAAGACAUCGAACUCUCCAUCAAAAUCGCACCCUUGGGAUCUACCGCUCAGGCUCGUGCCAUAGUAGCACGCGCAGUCCUGGUUGACAAGGCCCGUGGCGCUAACAUCGCCUCUGCCUUGCAGUCAAUGGGCAACGAAAAGGUUGACGCUCUUUUAAGUAAUUCCAUCUGCGUUGUUGAUUCCAGCUUCCAAGCCUCCACCUCCGAUUUCCGACUCGCCCUCCGCUGUGCCAUGGCAAUUGCCCACCUCCGACGUGUCGAAUGCACACCCGGAAGCACCCACCAAGGCCUCCGAAUGAUCGAUUCAGUCAUGACACGCGGCAGUGUCUCCCAAAUGUCUCUUCUCGGAUGCACCGCGGCUCUCCAGCUUAUGGAAGAGCUCUACGAGCAAAAGGCUGCCGCCGAGACUUUCAACUCUUCUCUUGAACGUCUGUCUGGUGGUCUUCGUCUAUGGAUGGGUGGCGCUCCUGGCGAGAAGUGCGGCGUUGCCUCGGAGGUGCGAGAGAAGGUUGUAAACCGGUGCCUGACCAUCACCAAGAGCAUGGUGGGAAUGGAUUCAGACACUGGAUACGGAAGCCUUGACGAAUGCGAAGACGACGGAUGUUAG